GUUCCCUACGAGCGGGCUCUUUCCUGGCAGCGCGCGCUCCACGCCGAGCGCGCCGCGCAGCUGCUCCCGCGCGGCGAGCAGCCUGCGCGGCAGCUGGACGACGCUCUCAUCUUGCUGCAGCACCCUCCCACGUACACACUCGGCUCAACGAGCACGCUGUCCAACGUGGUCGAUCCCGCCUUUGAUCUCGUCCGGACCGAGCGCGGCGGCGAGGUGACAUACCACGGCCCGGGCCAGCUCGUGAUGUACCCGCUGCUCAACCUGAGGCACUACCAGCAGGACAUCCAUUGGUACAUGCGCUCGCUCGAAGAGGCUCGCCCGUGCAGCGGCGGGAGGCACGUUGCCAUCCGCACGCUCGGCUCGCUCGGGCUCGAAGGGGAGCGCGAGCCGGGCGCUACGGGCGUGUGGGUCGGCGGCGCCAAGGCGUGCGCGCUCGGCGUCAAGGUCUCUCGCUGGCUCACCUACCAUGGCCUCGCGCUCAACGUCUGCACAGAGAUGGAGCACUGGCGCGGCAUCGUGCCGUGCGGGUUGCACGGGCGCGAGGUGGCGUCGGUCGAGACGCUGCUCGCCAGCCGCGGCGAGGCAGCGGUGCCGCGCGCCCUCCUCCUCGACCGGGCGGCGACCGAGAUGCUCCGCCACUUUGGCGACGUCUUCGGCGCCGAGCUGCGCGCGCCCACCGAGGACGAC